UUUUCUCCCAUUCUAAAGCACAUCAGCUUUUCUCAUACAUUUAUUAUUAUAAUUAUAUUUCUUUUUCUCUCUCCUUACCCAAUUCAUCACCAAAAUACUCCCUUACUUCUUACUUCUUAGUUCUUCCUCCUCUUCUUAUUCUUUCUCUUCACUUCUCCUUUACUACCUCACCAAACAAAAAUAAAAUAAAAAAAUAAAAAAAUAAAAAAAGAAUAGAAGAAAAAGAAAAAGAAAAAUGAAUGAGGGAAAGUAUAGAGAAUAUGGAGGAGGAUGUUAUUUCCACCCAAAAGAAAUGGUGGUAGGAGUUUGUCAUCUAUGCCUAAAUGAGAGACUCCUCAUAAUAUCAGCCAAACACAGUAGUGUUAAAUCCAAUUAUUCUAAGAGAUUUAAUAAUUCAUAUAAUAAGCCUAAAUCGCCUUAUCUUAUCCUUCCUAAGAUUUUUUCCAUUGCUUCCUUUUUCAACACCAGAGAUAAUCACCGCCGUGGUUCUCAUCACCAUUUAUUUGAUGACGCCGUUACCACUUCGAGUACUAGUUUAGAAGAUGAUUCGUUUAUAUCAAUCAAGUUUGGGGACAAUGGAGUAGCAUCAUGGGACAAGACUAGCAACACAAUGUCAAAGGUGUCACUACAAAAUUGUAGCUUAUCUUGGGGUGGUCAAACUUCAGUCAAAGAUGCUACUAUCAAGGGUAGUGCCUGUAAUUAUACCAACAAAAGUGUAGUAGAGCAUGCUAAACCCAAGGCUGCAAAAUCGCUGAGGUGGCAAAAGCGUAUUGGACAGUUAUUACAGGUCAUUAAAUGGAAGAAAUCCACCAAAGCCAAUGUAGGAAGAGUAGAGAAUACUCUUCCUCCUUCUAAUACUACUAGUAAGGUGGUUGAAGGUGUAAAGGUUAUCAAGAAUACUUUUUCGAUCCCUAUGAGAAAGCAUUAUAUGACUUAAAUAUAUAAGAAUUUUUUAAGUAAUAUGAUGUAAAUUCAAAAAAACGGAGCAGAAAGCACAAUUAACAAAGGUUUGAUGAGCACAUUGAACAUCACAACCAAAGUGUGAAAAUAAAGCUUCAAUAUGAAUGGGACCACUCAUUUACAAGUUACAACCAUAAAAACAAGUAAAAUAAUUUUGGAAUUUUUUUCCUUUUCUCUUUAAUUUGUGUGUUGGAUCUUGGCUUCAAUGUGAUUAAAACAAUUUUAUUUUUUUUUUAUCAUGAAAGAGAUAAUGAUAUAGUCAUAUACUCUUUUGAUGUAACUUGUAUCCCUUUGUUGAGUGUAUAGAAAGUUACAUAUUUUAUAAUGUUGGUAAA